AUGCUGCGGCUGCAGCUUCUUCUCUUUUUGGUGGCCGUACUGCCGUCCCUACGGUUUCCUUUCCUGCCUGCAUGCGCCACGCAGGGCGCAGCGGACGUGAGUGCCUCUUUCGCGCCGUUCGGCGGCCCUGCGCAGAAGGUGGAACAAUAUAUAACCAUCGAGGAGGACGCCACGCUGCUUCUCAUAGGUUCUGACCUGCAUUACGUGGCUGUGGCGCCGCGGCGGUACGUGGAGAUGGUUAGCCGCGCGCUGCAGGGCGACCUCACAGGUUGUUUUUGCCGCCCCUACCCGCCGAAGCAUCAAUCGCCAUCAGCGCGCGCCAACUCUGCUGCGUCAUUGGAUAUGACGGGCGGGAUGGACGGCUGCAGCAUCACUCACCUAGCGGUGGUUUCGUGGUUCAACGGCGAUCCACAGCAGGUUGCUGCGAACUUCACAUGGUCGUUGAUGAUACCGUUCCCUGACGGUGGUGGGCGUCCGACUGUCGUUCCGCCGGGAACAGCGGUGAAGCUGCCGAAUAACUGCUUCACUGAAUUGCAUGACGUGCUGGAGGGCCUCACGCGACGCCCGGGGAGGCGGUCGCUGCAGCAGCGCACCGUCUACUUUGGGAUGCCUCUGUCCGACCCGACGAGGAAACGGUCAAGUGGCCUCUUCGGUGAGGCUUCCUUCACCAACAUUCCGUUCUGGAUGGCCCUUGGAGUGCUUGUGGUGAGCGGCCUGAUGGUGCUGGUGACGGUUCUCUUCACGAGCUGGCGUGUCACUGACGGGAUGGAGGAGUUGGGCCCCACCGGCGUGGCCAGCAACGUCGUUAUACCCGACAGCACGCGGUACGGGCCGUGGAACAACAGCAGAGGCGACACGGAGGGAAAAGAGCUGGGCUCAUCGUGGAGAAAAGGUGGCGCUGGACGACGCCCCUCAAAUGUUCUUUCGUUUCUCAGGUGGUGA